AUGGCUGAAAUUGUUGUUUCUGCCUUCUUUUCGUUGUUCUUUGAUAAGCUGGCCUCCGAAGCCUUGAACAAGAUUGCUUGUGCCAAGGGAAUUGAGUCUGAGCUCAAGAAACUGAAGAGGUCUCCAAUCCAGAUCAAAAAUCUCCUUUAUGAUGCUUCUCGGAAGGAGCUGACCGAUGAAGCUGUUAAAGAAUGGCUGAAUGGUCUCCAACAUUUGGCUUACGACAUUGAUGAUGUACUUGACAAUUUGGCAACCGAAGCUAUCGAGCGUGAGUUGACCGAGAAAUCUAGAUCCACUAGCAGCAAGGUAAGAAAGCUAAUCCCAACUUGUUGCACAAAUUUCUCAUUAAGUUCUAGGAUGCAUGCCAAGUAA